AUGGUGUCAUUCUCAUGCGAGGCGUGCGGUGAUGUCCUGACGAAAAAAAAGCUCGACCCUCAUCGUAACCAAUGUCGCGGCGCAAGUUAUACCUGCAUUGACUGCAUGGUCCAUUUCCAAGGAACCUCCUAUAGGUCGCACACGUCAUGCAUGAGCGAGGCUCAGAAAUACCAGGGCGCUCUAUACAAAGAGAAACCAGCCAAGAACGGACGGAAAGGCAACAACAACAAAAAUGAUAACAAGCAACCCCAAAAGCCCAAUGCCGGCCACCGUGCUCCCUACGUCGAAGACGCCCCCGAUUCCCAAGUCAACCUUCCUUCGGCUCCCACCCCACCCGCCCCCACGGAUACGAAGUCAGCGCCAUCAAAGGAAGAGGCCAAGGUCAAUGUCUUUGAUUUCCUGGUCGACGAGAAGACACCAAAUGCAUCCAAGGUCUCCAUGGCCCAGCCCAAGGAACAAAUGAAAAUGGUGGACCAUGCUCCCUCUGUCUUCGAGCCUGGACGGGCGAAGGCGCGUAUUGACACUGAGGAUGACGAUGAAUCGAAGGAUUACGAUGUCGCCUACGAAGAGAACGGAUUCUCUUACGGCUCCGGACCGAUCAUUGAGGCACCUUACCCCAACAACAAGAACGCCGCUGUCUCAAUGGAGUUUAUGACCCCAGCGCCAAAGAAGAAGAAGGAUCGGUUGCGCAAAGAGAAGCAACAGUCGCCUCCUACUUUGUCAAGAACUACGAGUGAUAAGAAGCGAAAGCGCCACAUUGAUGACCACGACGCUGAGGACGCAGAUACGCCGAUGUUGGAAGCUCCCUCCAGCGUGGUCAACCACCCAGGGACACCGAUGCUCAGUCAUUCCGGUUUGACAGGAGGUCUCGACCGUAUGCUCCGGUCGCCGUCAUUAGACGACGAUGAAAGUUCAGAGAACCCUCGCCGACGGUAUCAGGACCCUUCGUCGCCGCUGAAGCGUACCCGGCGCGAUGAGAAAGAAGGCCACGGAGAUGCAGGCCUCGGUAUCUCAAUCAAAAACCGAGCUGAGCGUCUAGUAUCUUCUAUGUUUGCUGGCUCAAGCGUCUCCGGAAGCAGUGCUGCCGGCGGCGAUAUUGAAGUCCGCAAAUCUAGGAAGGCCCCCAAGGUCCGAAAUGCAUCAAACGGACAAGCUUCGUCCGACGUAGUCAAAACCAAACGCAAGAGCAGUGCUCAAACAGACGGAGAUCGCCCAUCACGGCGUCUCAAACAAGUUGAUCACCCCGAGCGGUCAUACUCCCCACGAGACGACAGCGGCCGUGAGGUAGUCGUCUACCGACAAGAGAACCAUCCGGACGAGGUGCAGCGCGAGAUGGCGGCGCAUUUCUUGUCCCUAGUGACCAAGGGCCCUGAGAGCUCUCGAGGCUUUUCCGUGAACAAAGUCCUCAAGCGGUUCCACAGGGACUUCACAGACGAGUUCGACGGUGACGACCGCGGACGCGGUCAAGGCCGAAGCCGCGCAGACCGCGAACGAAGAGUCGACGACGAGAAGGAUCUGUGGCGAACGCUGCGUGUGAAGCAGAACGAGCGUGGGGAGAUUGUUUUGUUUUUCUAA